AUCUGAUCACUGAUACAGACGAAAGGACGAGUCGGGAUCGAUCCCGACGCUCGACGCCACCCGUUGUUUAUGAGGCAGAUCAUCAAAGUUGCAUUGACAUCACUGAAAGUUCGACUGUACAAUAAAACAGCAAUCUGCUCAAGAAACUCUACAAACACAAUCUGUAUUCACUUUACUGUUUCAGAGUGCUUUAGAUUUCAAUAUUUUAUUAUUAGUAUUAUUCUCGCCUUCGUAAAUCCCUGACAGUUUUUUUCCCCUAUUUCCCAGGCGCCUACUAUUCUUUAUUGAUGUCCUUGCCUCGUUCGAAUCGGUGUCUUUUGUUCACGCUUGGUUAUCAUCACAAACAGGAAGCCUGUAUUCAUAAAUGUCAAAAGUCCUCGACAGUUGUCAAUGUAUUUAAAAUGCAAGAGGAGAAAAGAAACAACAGUAUUCUACGAGUGAUUUGAGUUGUUCAACGGAAAUUCUGUUAUUGUUAAAAAAAACAACACAUUUCUUUAACGCAACAUAAGGAUUUGUAAAUUGCUGUAAUGUAAAGUUUACAUCAUUCAUAGUCUUAGAAGGUAUUUUUCUACACCUGCCUCACUUAUUCUUUGUCUCCCCCUCAUUCUUCCCUCUCUCCAACUCCUCCUCCUGUUGAUCGUCUCUCUCCUCACCUCACCUCGUCGUUGAACCGCCCCGUGUGUUGCCCUGAGUGUUCUGGUCACACUGUUUCUCCAAUUUGUCCAAUGAGCUCCCUUCUUCUCCCUCCCUCUGUUCGUCCUUCUCUCUGUGUCUCUCCCGCCCCUUCAGUCUGUCACGAUGAGCUCCUGACGCCCGUCUGUUCGUCCGUCAGUAUGAGCGGUGCUGCGCUGGCCGUCGUGGUCGUGGUCGUCUUCUUCUUGGCCCUCUACCUCCUCCAGCACUAUGGAGAUUUGCGGAAGCAGCAGCAGAUGGUUCUGUUCGGGACGCUGCUCUCCUGGUACCUCUGCUUCCUCAUCGUCUUCAUCCUGCCACUCGAUGUCAGCACGACCAUCUACAGGCAGUGUGUUCUCGACAAUGUGAAUCCCCCGACUCCUGUAAGUCAAGCGAGACGCACCAAUUGGACUGAAGGAAGCUCGUCUCUUCAUCCACCUGUAAGUCAUAGUGCAACAGAGGUGUGCGAGGAGCCUUGGAGUUAUAUCCCAGAUGGCGUCCUACCAGUGUUAUGGAGAGUUGUAUACUGGACUUCCCAGUUUCUUACUUGGCUGCUGUUGCCCUUCAUGCAGUCUUACGCUCGGUCUGGAGCUUUCUCCAUGGUUGGAAAGAUUAAAACGGCUCUUAUUGAAAAUGCUGUGUAUUAUGGCACCUACCUCCUUAUCUUCAUCUCUCUGCUCAUCUACGUGGCUGCUCACCCACAGUGGAAACUCACAUGGGCGGACCUCCAGACCAUCGGUAUUACAGCUGCCAACACCUGGGGCCUUUUCCUCCUGGUGCUGUUGUUAGGCUAUGGUCUGGUGGAGAUCCCACGUUCUUAUUGGCUUUCAUCUUCCCAUGGUUACCUGCUGGCCAAGACCUAUUUCAAGACAGCAAAAAUGGCUACUGAGAAGGCAGCAGCUGAGGAGAACCUAGCAGAUGUUAUGGAGGAGGUGGCAGCUGUCCAUGAGUCUGUCAAGCACAACCACUCUCUCAGGAAGUGUGUGGACACCAUUUUGACUAAGUGUCCUCCUGAGUACCAAGAAGAGAUGGGAAGAAACGUGGAAAGCUCUUCUGUCCUUCCUACCAAAAGUGGACUAGUUGGGCUUCACAAAAAAGUGAUCUCUGCAGUGCAGAGACAUGGUCAGACUCGGGUUCAGUGGUCUGUCUUGUUAGACCAGGCUUUUCAUCUGGAGGAUGCAGCUAAGAGCCAGAGCAGCCCGGUCCGACACUUUGUCCACAGCUUUCCCUCAGCACACAGCCACAGCUGGAUCCGUAGGUUCAUCUACACUCCUACUCUGGAGUGGUACUGGGAGUGUGUUUUGCGGCAGGGUUUCUACAGGCUGCUGGCAGUGCUCCUGUGUCUCCUCUCUGCAGCAGUAGUCUGGUCCGAGUGCACCUUCUUCAGCACACACCCUGUCCUUUCUCUCUUUGCUGUCUUUAUUCAGCUGGCUGAAAAACAAUACAACUACAUUUGUAUUGAGAUGGCGUGCUUCAUUAGUAUCUUCUUCCUGUGUGUGUGCGUCUACUCCACCGUGUUCAGGAUACGAGUUUUCAACUACUUCUACCUGGUGCCACAUCACCAGACUGAUGCCUACAGCCUGCAGUGCAGCGGCAUGUUGUUUUGUCGCCUGACUCCUCCUUUGUGCCUCAACUUUCUGGGCCUGAUUCACAUGGAUUCUGCCAUCUCGCACCAGGACAGAAUACAGACAUCCUACACUUCUAUCAUGGGCUCUAUGCGGGUGCUAUCUUUCAUAUCUGAUGGAUUCUACAUCUAUUAUCCCAUGCUGGUUUUGCUGCUGUGCCUUGCCACUUUUUACAACUUUGGCUCUCGCUGUUUGAACCUCCUGGGCUUCCAUCAGUACAUUACUGAUGAUGACUUGACCUCUGACCUGGUGGAUGAAGGCAGGGAACUCAUCAGAAGAGAGAGAAGGAAAAGACAGAAAGAUGUAGAUGGGGGAAAUCGAAGAUUGGCCUGGAGGGAGCAAUAUAGAGUACAUGAGACCACUGGGCGGAGCAGAGCCGGCUACACAGAUUUAGGGGAUAACCAGAACAGCCCUGUGGCUGGGAUCAAGAAAAGUGCUAUCACAUUCACCAGAAGAGAUGGAGAGACAGACGAGCAACUGACAAGCUUGCUGCAUGACAACUCCAGUGAUGAAGAUUCACCAAACAGAAGUAGAUCAACCAGAGGACAUUACCAGUCUCUGUCACCUUCUGGGACGGGCAUCUUUUACGAUGUUUGACGAUGUAGACGGAGGACGUGGAGUACCUAGUACCUGGUGGAAAUUACAUACAUGACUGGACAUUUAUAUUUAUUGAGUCUAAAUGCAAAGGAUAAUAUCUCAGGACAAAGGGAGGAAAAGAAUGUAUUUGAGAUGUGUUCAUAUUAGUAGGGAACAGAACAAAGUAAAAACUCUGAUGAAUGAUUUUAUACCGGUUCUCUCUUUGUGUCUGUCAUUCUCUCUUUUUUUUUUUUUUUUUUUUACAGCUAAACAUUUUUGUUACUAUCUGUCGAGGAUUGUGUUUCAUGAGACUGGUGGAUGAAAGAGAUGAGUGGCACAAUGAAUGUGCAGCAUACAUCCAUCUACUGUCUAUAUCGUUAAUCCUUUGAGGGUCACCGGAGGACAGCCGCCAAUCCUAGCUGACUGAUCGAGAGGCGGGUACACACUGUACAGGUAGCUAGUGUAUCACAGGACUGACAUUUACAGACAAAUUGACAAUUUCCACUCACAUUCACACUUAAAGGCAAUUUAGUCACAAUCUCAUUAUCUCUCUGGACAGUGGUAGGAAGCCAGAGUACCUGGAGUUAUCCACACUGGCUCAGGGAGAAAAUGCAAACUCCACACUGAGAGGCCCAGGCAAAUAUGAACCCAGAACCCUAAAGCAGCACGACUUGUAUGUGAUGCAGUCUAUGACGAGCUAUUUUCCGUGGGAGUGUACAAUUUUAUUGACUAUGAAUGACUUAACGUGUUCAUGUACAGUAGUUGUCUGGAAAUUAAGACAAAUGGCAAAGAGUUUAUACUGUAAAAGUACAAAUGCACUGAAACAUGCAUGUGAAAAUUUUUAAAACAAAGAUUAUGACAAUG